GCUAGCUCAACUCAAGUGAGCUGAGCGAUCAAGAUAUACAGAGGAGAGAUCGAGAGCUAGGCAAUUCAGCAAUGGCGGAGAGGGUGACCGCGAUGGCGUCGCAGGGCAUCGUGGUGAUCUUUGGGGCGAGCUACUGCUGCAUGUCCCACACCAUGACGGGGCUCUUUGCGCAACUGGGCGUGAGCUCUACGGUGCACGAGGUGGACAAGGACCCCCAGAGAAAGGAUCUGGAGAGGGCGCUCGCUGGCAUGGUGGGCCAGAGCCCGGCGGUGCCUGCGGUAUUCAUCCGUGGCGCACUCGUCGGCGGUACCAGGCAGGUCAUGGAGCUGCACCUCGGCGGCCAUCUCGUGCCGCUCCUCCGCCAAGCGGGGGCCCUGUAGUCCUGAUAUGUACUUACAUACUUGUUUAUCAGAUGUACCUCUUGUUAAGAGAAGGGAACAAUUCUUUGUGAGAGAGUGUUCAUUCUGAUGCUGAUUAAAGAUAUGCUUAAUUUAGACACAAUACAUCACGCAUAGCUCCCAUGGAGAGUUUCUGAGAGAGAGUGUUCAUUCUGAUAGAUGCCAUGAAGAGUUUGUGUGAGACAGUGUUCAUUCUGAUGUGUACUGGUUACCAAAUUGAGCAAAUACUAAGCUUAAUUA